AUGGCCACAACCCUUACCUCUUCACUUUCCAAAUCAUCAUUUUUGGAUAACAAGUCAUCGUUCCACGGCUCGCCUUUGUCCAACCGGGUUCAAUCCAUUAAAUCGAGUCAACAAAACUUUUCAAUCACCAUGUCCGCAUCAACCCCUUACAAUCUUGACAACUUCAAAUUCCAACCUAUUAAGGAAUCCACUGUUUCACGAGAAAUGACCAGAAGAUACAUGAUGGAUAUGAUCACCCACGCUGAUACAGAUGUUGUUGUUGUGGGCGCUGGCUCUGCCGGGCUCUCCUGCGCCUAUGAGCUCAGCAAAAAUCCUAACAUCCAAAUUGCCAUUAUCGAACAAUCCGUCAGCCCUGGAGGUGGAGCUUGGCUCGGGGGGCAGCUGUUCUCCGCCAUGGUUGUGCGUAAACCAGCACACAAAUUCUUGGAUGAGCUCGAGAUUGAGUACGAUGAACAAGAUGACUAUGUUGUCAUCAAACAUGCGGCCUUGUUCACCUCGACUAUCAUGAGCAAACUCUUGGCCAGGCCUAAUGUGAAGCUGUUCAAUGCUGUGGCGGCCGAAGAUUUGAUAGUGAAGGAUGGAAGAGUCUGUGGGGUUGUCACCAACUGGGCUUUGGUUUCGAUGAACCAUGACACACAAUCUUGCAUGGAUCCUAAUGUGAUGGAGGCUAAAGUGGUGGUUAGUUCUUGUGGCCACGACGGACCUUUUGGCGCCACCGGUGUUAAGAGGCUGAAGAGCAUCGGAAUGAUUGACAGCGUGCCCGGGAUGAAGGCCCUUGAUAUGAAUACUGCCGAGGAUGCCAUUGUUAGGCACACUAGAGAGGUCGUGCCUGGUAUGAUUGUCACCGGCAUGGAAGUUGCAGAGAUCGAUGGGGCUCCAAGAAUGGGUCCAACUUUUGGGGCAAUGAUGAUUUCAGGGCAAAAGGCAGCCCAUUUGGCCUUGAGGGCAUUGGGACAGCCAAAUGCAUUGGCUGAUUCUUACACAGAGUUGAAAAGCACUCAAUCAGAGUUGAUUCUUGCUUCUGUCGAGGCUGAAGAAAUUGUGGAUGCAUAA